AUGAAAAAGUAUGAUGAUCUGGAAACGCGUGAAUUUCACUGGAAUCAAUCUCUGGAAGAAUUUGAGACAAACAUUGGAGCAUCACUUCCUGAAGUUGAAUCGUCCUGGACAUUCUCAAUGGCACUUCUGUAUGCCGGAACAAUUUAUACCACUAUUGGUAAGAACAAUUUAAGUCCAUCAAUUUGAAA